AUGACAUGCAUUUUCUUUCUUCUGAUAAAUGCAGAUAAUAAAUUGAAGAUGGAGGAAGACUCCAUCAUUGAGCGUCUUCCAUUAGAGCAUCCACUCCCUGAAGAGAUUCAGAAGCUGGACCGAGAUGAGACUGUCUGUCAAUUCUGUGGAGUCAGCUACCUUAUCCAUCGGGAGGUGAAGGCGUUAGAAGAUCAGCUGAAGAAAGUGCAGGAGGAAUUGAAACGUUAUGAGGGAAGUGAAGAAAGGGAGCGCAAACUACGAGAAGACUUGGAGAGAGCGACAAAGGACAGAGAUGCGGCACAGUUCACAGUCCAAGAAAGAAAUUCAUCGAUGGAACAAUUGAUGACGGAAAUUAAACAUAAAGACAUCGGGUUGAAGGAAGCAUCUGAGGCCAAACAGGAUCUUGAGGAUAGAUUAGACCAAAUGACCAGAGUGACUGAAGCACACAGGAAACAGCAAGUGUCAUUGAAAGGCAGGUUACCAACUCUCCAAUCAUCUGUGCAGCAGCAGAAGUCAGAAUUACAGAACAUUCAAAGCUUUGUGCAUCAAAUGGGCAAAGCGCUAAGGGAGUCUUCAGACAGGUUGAAGGUUACGGUUCAAACAGUUUGCUCACAAGAGUCUGAAGGGACAUCAAGAUUAAAAGAGACAUUAUCAACGCUUCAGCAGGAACAACUCUCAUGGCAAAAUGGAAAAGGGGAUAUGGAAGUCAGUUUGAGGAAUGCCAAAGCAGAGGUGGAGAGACUGUCCCAAGUUGAGGGAUUACUCAAACAGAAGGAGACUCAGUAUGGCCAACUCAGCUCGCAUGUGGAGAGAUUGCAAGCUGAAGUGGACACUUCUAACACCCAGAGGCGAACAUUGACGGCAGAAGCAGCUCAGUUUAAAGAGUUACUCAAGAGUAAAUGUCAUGAGAUUGAGGAGCUUGAGAUCCAGCAUCGUAAACGAGAACAGAUUACUGAGCAGCUUUCAUCCAAACUACAACAUGAACUCAAACAGAAGGGCAUGGAGCUACAGGUGGCGUUGUCGGAUUAUCGUAAGCUAGAGCAACAAAUCAAAGACAAGGAGAGAGGGGAAGAAGAGGUACAGAGGCAAGCCACGUUAUCCCUGGAUGAGAAAGAACAGAUACGAGGGGCCUUGAUGCGGGCCCAGGAGGAAUGCAACGCACUCAAAUCAGAACGGGAUCUGAUGAUUUCAUCUCAUCAGAAUCGUAUUGAACAACUCAGAGAGAGCUUCAAGCAGAAACUCAUUGAUGCUGAGAAAUGGCCGUCAAAGAUGGAUGAGACAUUACAGAAUGAGAGGACCAGACAUUCUCAACAGCUGCAAGAAUUGGAGGAGAAAAUGAAAGAAGCCUUCAGAAUUGAGUUGGAUAUUGAGAAACAAAAGCACCAGGAGUUAACAGAAAGAUACAAGAUGGAGUUUCAGGAGAAGGAGUCUAAGUUUAAAGGAGAGAUGCGAAGCCUGGCGACGAGAAACAAGUCAGAGCUCAGUCAAGUAGAGAAACAGAUGUCAUCCCUCAAGACACAGGCGUCAGCUGGUGAGGAGUCUCUAAAAAGGGAGGUGCAGGGGUUGAAGUCAGUCAUUGGAGAUCUGGAAAACAGGCUGGGUAAGGCAGGCACAGAGAAUGACGACUUAGUCAGGAAUUUGAGAGCUGAAUUGAGAGAAGCAGAGCAAGACCUGACUGCCACAAGGGAAGAGACAAAAGCAAUUGAAGACAAACUUACUCAGUCAAAAGAAGAGAUUCUCUUCCUGCAGGAAACUGUCCGCAGAGAAUGCGAGGAGCGCUUUGAACUCACAGAAACUCUCAGUGAGGCCAAAGAACAGCUCCUUGUAUACCAACGCCACGGUAGCCUUGGUAGUACAUCCCGUCCCACCUCUGCCACCAAAUCUCAGAAGCCAGAGACAAGCUUUGGGACUAAUCGUAAAACAAGCACAGGGUCCAUGCAAGGUGGUCAGAAUCAGAGAGCAGGAUCGCAGUCCCCUGGUUCCAAGGUCGCAUCGAGUAGUAUUAAUAUUGGUUUUGAUCCGAAUCAAGUGAGACCUCCAGGUCACCGAAGGGAAGGGAGUAUGUCGGAUAGCCGGAAGAGGAUCGCUGCUGCUAUUGGGAGGAGGUAGCUAAACAUCGUCUUGUCAGUACACAAUCAUUGCAUUAGUGCACAAACCUGAGAUCGGAACACAGUUUCAGCAGAUUCUCAUUUACAAUGCCACUUGGAGCAUUUAUAACUUGUAGUAGAGUCGACCCUGAGUGAGGCAAGAGAACAGCUCCUCGUCCACCAACACUACGAUAGCUUUGGUAGUACAUCCCAUCCCACUUCUGCCACCAAAUCUCAGAAGCCUGAGGAUUUGGGACUAAAACAUAAAGCGGUUACAAGAGAGAAGGGAGUGGGUCUGAUAUCAGGAAGAGGAUCACUGCUGCUGUUGGCAGAUUCUCAUUUCUAAUAAUACUUAGUAGUUCUGAUACAACAUUGUUAUCACGUAAACAGUGCUGGCAGCUGUAUAGAACCAGCACCAGCCUUUCUUUCAGUAUUGACCAACAUUUUAGCAACAUUGCACAUAACUGGGAUAUAGUUUAUGUAAGUGUUUUUAUUUAUUUUAUAUUUAUAUGAAAAUUGUGUAUUAGAACCAUGUGAAUAGACCCUUCCCAUGAAAUAUGCAAAUUGCAGAUGGCGCCUGCGCACAAUUACUAUUGGCUGUCAUAAUGAGGGAACUUCGCUCCUGUCUGUGGGGCUGAUGGUGGCAUGACGCAUGUUCACGUUUGUUCGUUUGCCUAAUGCACAACUCUAAGGGUUUGCCCGCCAAUAGUGUCUGUACGCAGGCGAGAAUGUAAUACAUUUAAUUAUAUUUUAUUGUGCGUUUGGUGUUGUGUUAUUACUAGAACAGCUGAUGGUUCAACUCAAGGUGCUCUGUUCAUAAAAUGACAAAUAGUGCAAAAAUUAUUUUAUUUUAUUUGUGAAUUUUGAUUAACUGAUGGUUCUGAAAGGAAAGUAGUUUCAUUAUGUACUAUAUCACAAACACUUGACAAUCAUCAUUCUUCCACAUAGCAAAGUUAAAGGCAGUGGACACUAUUGGUAAUUACUCAAAAUAAUUAUUAGCAUAAAACCUUACUUG